UGAGCGGUGCUGGAGCGGGGAGGUCGCCGUCCCGCCCGAGGGUGCCGGACCACCUGCUCCGAGGCAACAGCUGCGACCCGAUCCGCGCCCCGAGCCCCCAGUCCAGGUCAGAUCUGCCGAUCCCGGCGCGGGCAGUGACGCCAGGGGCGACACGGGGCCCCGGGCGGCCGAGGAGACUCGGACUCUCUCCCCUGCAGCAGAUGGAAUUAUGGGUGCUGAGAGGGCACAGAAAGGCUGCACUCCUGCUGGUAGAGGUCUGUUCCUGAGUUGAGACGGUCUCCGCCCACCCAGUUGCUCCAGCCCCAGGCUCCCAGAUUGGCCUGCUCCGUGACACGGCUGCGUGACCUGGUGGUGGACGAUGUCCAGGGCCCCAGACUACCUGCUUCAGCUGCUGCGGGGCGCCCCCAGGCGGCGCGUCUGCACCUUCUUUCUCAUCGUCUUCAAGCUGUUGUGCUUUGUCUUCGUGCUCAUCUACUGGCAUGUUGGCGGGGAGCCUGAGGACCGAGCCCACCUCUACAGCCUGCCCGUGGACAUCCCCUGCCCCACGCUGGGGCCCCCCGGCCCGCCCAACAGCACCCCACUUGCAGGCAACAACAUUUUCUUCCUAGAGACUUCGGAGAGGACCAACCCCAACUUCCUGUUCGCCUGCUCAGUGGAGUCGGCCGCCAGGGCGCACCCCGAGGCGCAGGUGGUGGUGUUCAUGAAGGGGCUGCGCGGCGCCCCGCCGCCCCGGAACCUGGGCCUGUCGCUCCUGGGCUGCUUCCCCAACGUGCAGCUGCUGCCGCUGGACCUGGACGCGCUGUUCCGGGGGACCCCGCUGGCCACCUGGCACACGGCCUCGCAGUGGCGUUGGGAGCCCUACCGGCUGCCCGUAACCUCGGACGCUGCGCGCCUGGCACUGCUCUGGCGAUUCGGGGGUGUCUACCUGGACACAGACUUCAUUGUCCUGCGCAAUCUGGGGAAGCUGAGAAAUGUGCUGGGCAUGCAGUCGCGCUACGUUCUCAACGGCGCCUUCCUGGCCUUUGAGCAGCGACACGAGUUCCUGGCACUGUGCAUGCGUGACUUUGUGGCGCACUACAACGGCUGGGUCUGGGGCCACCAGGGCCCCCAGCUGCUCACGCGCGUCUUCAAGAAGUGGUGCGGGAUCCGCAGCCUGGCCCAGAGCCGCAGCUGCCGCGGCGUCACCACCCUACCACGCCAGGCCUUCUACCCCGUGCCCUGGCAGAACUGGAAGAAGUAUUUCGAGGACAUCAGCCCCAAGAAGCUGUCGCAGCUGCUCAAUGCCACCUACGCUGCACAUGUGUGGAACAAGAAGAGCGAGGGCUCACAUUUUGAGGUCUCCUCUCGGACGCUGCUGGGCCAACUAUAUGCCCGCUACUGCCCCACGACACACUGGGCCGUGAGGCUGUACUUGUGAGGGACCUGGAUGUAGGCAGGAGACUGCAGGCUGCUGCAGUGGGGGGGGGGACCAGGAGGUGGGGUGCAGGGAUGUGGUC